AAUUUUGAAAUUUUCUUUAUGGUGUGGAAGAGGCUUAGGCCCGAACUUCGUCUAAUCCCCAGGCUCUUAGACUAAAAUCAUGCCCAAGUACAAACAGCGAAGAAGAAAGCUAAAAGCCAAAGCCAAACGAAUGUCUAAGAAGAAAGAAGCCGCUGUGGUCUCUCCUAAGUUAUUGACACCUUCCCCUCCCCUCCCCGAACCGGAAAGAGUGGUUACUUCUGCAGCAGAUAUUCCCCAAAGCAGAAACUGGCUAAGACCAUCUUGGAACCUGAGAUUUCCUAACAUCAAAGAUGCAAUAAACCUUUGGACAAAUAGAGCAUGGUGCAUCUACAGUUGCUGUCAGACCUGUGUAGCCCAGAGUUUAGAAGUAUUGAAAGAUGCCCUCUUCCCAUCCCGAGUCUACCACAGAGAACUUCACAGUCUAAAACAACAACUGUGUGUUUUGAAAAGGGAAUUGUGCAAGCUCCGAGAAAACCUGAAGAGCAUCUCAGAAAACUCCUCCUGUUCAAGCUGUUGUCACAAGUGUUGCCCGAGUGAUAAACUUACAACUGUGCCUGCCUGUGCUCCAACGACGAAUGGGGAAUCCCAAACAGUGCUUUCUUCCACACAGCCACAGCCAGCCAAUCAUCCUCCUUCUCCUCCUCCCCUUCCUCCCCCUCCUCCCCCUCCUCCUCCUCUCCCUCCACCUCCACCACCUUUAGCACCUUUGCUGCUCAGAAAAUCUGGUACCACUAAAGCACUUCAGGUUGAACCAUUAAAGAAAGAUGGACCCAUGCAUAUAACAGUUAAAGAUCUACUCAAUGUGAAAUUAAAAAAGACACAGAGUGUUGACGAAAGAAAGAAGCUUGUACCAUCACCACCAGAGGAACGCACUCCACUAGUUACUGUCUCUGAUCUGCAACAUGUUACUCUGAAACCUAACUCCAGGGUGUCAGCAACUCGAAUUAAAAAUGUCUUAAUUACUCCUGGGAAAAGCCAAAUCGAUCUCCGGAAGCUGCUGAGAAAAGUCCAGGUAGAAAGGAGCCCGGGUGGGACCCCUCUGAACAAUAAAGAAAACAUGGAUACAGGAACUGGACUCACUCCUGUCAUGACUCGGGCCUUAAGGAGAAAGUUUCAGCUGGCUCAUCCUCAAAGCCCCACUCAAUCUCUGCCACUUUCUACAAGCAGCUUUGAUGAACAAAACUGAGAGCAACUCGGCCUGACUCCCGGGAGUGAAACAUACAAUGAAAGACCAACCGCCCAAAUGUUAAUGUACUAAAAUAUGUGUAACUAUGAGUAAUUCAUCUGAAAGACUCAGAAUAUGUCUGGAGCCUACACAUAGUGUAGCAUAAAAGCAUUUAGAUAUUUUCUGGCGUGGGGUAAGGGGACCAGAUUAGAAAAUUCAGUCUGCAAACUAAUGUUUAUCCAGAAAUUACCCAAUUUAGGCUACAGUAACUGUUCAAAUUUAAUUCCAUGGGAGCUGGCAAUAUGGCUCAAAGGAUAAAGACACUUGCCACCAAGCCUAGUGACUCAAGUUCUAUACCCAGGACCCAAAUGGAGGGAAGAAAAGAACUAUGAUGUGUGCCCCUUCAACACACAAAAUUAAUAUAUAUGUUAGGAAAUACUAACGGUAUAAAUAAUUUGUUAUAUAAUGGAAGAUAUGACAUUAAGAACAUAGUCUGAGUCUUCUUUUUCUUCCUCCUUCUCUUCUUCCUCCUCUUCCUUCUUCUCAUCCCUCUGCUUCCUCUCUUUGGGGCUGAACCCAGGGCCUCACACAUGCUAAGUACAUACUCCCUGAAAUAUACCUUCAGCCUUUAGUGCUUGCUAUUAUAUCUGCUGUCCAUGUUCCAGCAGUCAAAUAAAUUCUUCAUGGUUUCAGCAUGAACUCUCUAUUUUCCAGAAUGCUUUGUCAAGGAUCCUCUGUGGUCUGUGGCAGUUUUAUCAGGAAGCCUGGUCCCCGCUUGGCUCCUUACCAGCCUGCGUAUUCUGGCAGUGCUGUAGCUCCCACUGGACUUCAGGCUUGCUAGUCUAAGGCUGUCAGACUUAGCAAAUGACAGGAUAAAGUACUCCAUUAAAUUUGAAUUUCAGAUAAAUCACACACAAAAAAGCUUUAAGAAUAAAUCUGCCCUACUAAACAACAAAUAUUUGAGUGUUACAUAGAACUCACGGCCAAGAAUGUGUUUAACUAGUAGAAAUAUCUCCUUAAUAUUGAAUGAGGUACACUUACAUUUAAAAACUACAUUUAAUUCUUUGCAGGAGUUCAGGGAUAUAGUGCUUCUCUCGAAUGUUCACGGCCCUAGGUUCAAACCCCAGUACUAACACACAAACGUAUGCAUACACACACUCAUUCAUGUGAUGGUUAAUAUCAGUUAUAUACGUCAUGUUAUCUAUAAUUACCUGGAAGAUGGCUUUCCAUCUUGAUUGGGUUAAUUGAGAUGGGAUAACCUACCCUCAGGGAUAGACUACCCUGAGCUGUGCAUGCAGCUCUUGAUUCCUUCCCUUCCACAACGGAGUGUGUGGUAGAACUAUAAGCCAAAGGAACCCUCCCUUUUCUCAGCUAUUUCAUCACAGUGACGACAAAACUAACUGGUCAUUCAUCAUAUCUGUGUAUAUAUGUCUUAUUCUCUGAAAUUCACACUUAACUGAGAACCUUAUAUUUUACCUAGCUACCUUGUUUGUCCAUUCUUGAAAAAUUGCAAUUUAUUUCUGGAAUCCCAUGGUUUACUACAUGUCUUCAUGGCACUGAACACUAUGUAGCUUCAGCCAGGAAGCCAUCACAUAUGUUCUAAGGGGAGUAGAUGGAUCAUUUCGAUUAAAGUGAGUAUCGCUCAAGAUGCAGAAGUAGCUGUCUUUCUUUUCCAGUGCAGAGGAGCCUCGGGGCUUUGAGCACGCUGGGCAAGUGCUUCUUGCAAGUGAUCUGAGCCAUACUCCCAGCUCCAGCAUCACCUCUGAUGCUGUUAUUGCACAAUGGUAGGAAAGAGACAGAGCAUAGAGGUGUAUUUCCAGAAAUCCCAUUAUUUCUAUUGAAUGAUAGUGCUUUGAGAUGCCAAAUGGUGGUGUUGGAAAGUCAUCAGACUGGAAAGUGGUCCUGGGGACAGUGUUUAGUACCUAAGAGGCAGUCAGUUUAAAUAAAGUAAGGGCUUUUAGUAGAAUGUCAUUUUGUGGGCAGCUAUAAUGUUUACAAUGGUAAUGAACCACUAUAUACUGUACAUUUGAUCAUUCUUCUGGCAUAAAAGGCUCGUUUAAAACAAAACAAAACAAACAAACAAACUAGGAUGGGCAUGGUGGCUUUUGCCAGUUGUCCCAGUUACUUGGAAAACUGAGGUGGAGGGAAGCCUGGGCAACUUGGUAAGAACCUGCCUCAAAAAAAUAGAAAUCUUACAGGUAAAACAGUUAUAGGGACUGGAGAGAUAGCUCAGCAGUUAAGAGCACUGACUGCUCUUCCAAAGGUCCUGAGUUCAAAUCCCAGCAACCACAUGGUGGCUCACAACCAUCUGUAACGAGAACUGAUGCCCUCUUCUGGUGUGUCUGAAGAUAGCUACAGUGUACUUACAUACAAUAAAUAAAUCUUUUUAAAAAAUUUUUAUAAAGCUGCUAUUGCUGUUGUAUCAGUAUUAAAAUGCACCCUAUUUUAAAUGUUUACUAUUUUCUUAAUUUAUUUUUUAUUAGAUAUUUUCUUUACAUUUCAAAUGCUAUCCCAAUAGUUCCCCCAUACCCUCCCCCUCCCCCGACUCCCCUACCCACCCACUCCCACUUCUACUAAUUUUUAUCAUAGAAUGUAUAUGCUUUUUACUGUAAGCACUUACAUACUCUGCACAUUGUAUGAUUUUAUUAAACUACUGUUUAUC